GCAGCGUAGUGUCAAUGGGAAAUGUCAAAACUGCCGGGCGUCACCGUUGUAUUGUAAACAGUCUUGGCGGGAUAAGAAUCGGUUCAAGUCGAAAUAAGAACGUGAAUUGUAAUCGCAAAAAUUGGCGUGAUAAUGGAUCCUGUGGAAAUUAGGCGCCUGGACGAUGCUGUAGUGAACAGGAUAGCGGCAGGCGAAAUCAUCCAGAGACCGGCGAAUGCCCUGAAGGAGUUAAUCGAAAACAGUUUAGAUGCCAAAUCCAGCUUCAUCCACAUCACUGUCAAGUCAGGUGGAUUAAAACUUCUGCAGAUCCAAGAUAAUGGCACAGGCAUCCGCAAAGAAGAUUUAGAGAUUGUCUGCGAACGUUUCACGACCUCUAAGUUGACAAAAUUUGAAGACCUCACAUCGAUAGCUACGUACGGAUUUCGCGGUGAGGCGCUAGCUAGUAUAAGCCACGUUGCACAUUUAUCCAUUCAAACAAAGACACGAUUAGAAAAGUGUGCGUUUAAAGCAAUCUAUGAGGACGGUAAACUAAAAUCACAACCGAAACCCUGCGCUGGUAACCAAGGAACUACUAUCACUGUUGAGGAUCUGUUCUACAACGUGCCCCAACGUCUCCAAAUUUUAAAAUCGCCAAGCGACGAAUUUCACUUAAUCUCCGAUGUCGUUAGCAAGUAUGCUGUACAUAACGCCGCUGUUGGCUUUAUGUUAAAAAAAUUUGGCGAGAAUGCUGCGGUUCGAACCAACGCGAACAGUACAAUUGUUGACAACAUCCGAACAGUGUACGGGAACGAUAUCGCCAAAGAGUUGUUCGAAAUCAACUUAGAAGAUGCGGAUUCGCAAUUCAAAAUGAAAGGCUUUGUGACUAACUUAAAUUACUCCGCAAAACGUGGAAUUAAUCUGCUAUUCAUUAAUCAUCGUUUGGUCGAAUCAAAGUCACUAAAGACAGCAGUUGAGUCAGUUUACAGCGAAUAUUUGGGAAAGGACAACCGUCCAUUUACAUACAUCAGCCUCGAAAUAAAUCCAGAGAACCUGGAUGUAAACGUACAUCCCACGAAACAUGAGGUUCAUUUUCUGAAUGAACAUGAGAUUAUCGAAAGCAUAAGACUACAUUUGGAUGAAAAACUGUCCAGCAACAACAGCACAAGAAAAUUUUACCGAGAGGUGAAGUUACCUGGCGCCUGGAAAUCUCCCGAAUCGAAGAAUCUAGACGAAACCAAAAAAAUUUACGCGCAAAACAUGGUGCGGACCGAUCACAAGGAGCAGAAGCUAGAGAAAUUUUUCUGCUCGCAAGCGGUAAAGAAACGAGCUGAUGAUCAGACGAUGAGAUUGGAUUCAAGCACGUGUUCUGCGGAGAAUAGUGUAUUGCAGUCACCCACUGCAGGGACUUCAGCGCGAAAGGAGACAAAGUUGAGCAGUGUUUUGAAUAUGAGGCAAGCUGUCGAGAAGGCGUGCAGCUCCGAAUUCAGGAAAAUUUUGAAAGAAUUAACAUUCGUCGGAGUUGUGAGUCGAACAGACGCACUGUUCCAGUAUGGCACGAAAUUGUACUUGUGCAAUACGAUGAAGCUGAGCCGCGACCUUUUCUACCAACUCCUUAUCUAUAAAUUUGCUCAGUUUGAAACUAUCAAGCUAAGCCCUGCACUGCCAGUGAAGAGCUUGGCCAUGAUUGCGCUGCGCUCAUCAGAAAGCGGUUGGACUGACGGGGAUGGACCUCUUGAUGAACUUGCCGAACGUGUCGAGCAAAUCCUGAUUGAGAAAUCGCCGAUCAUGAGGGAGUAUUUUGCAUUGGAUAUCGACGAGAAUGGUUUCCUAAAUACACUUCCCGUGCUUCUUACGAAUCACAAACCGUCUUUGCAUCGCCUUCCGAUAUACUUGCUUCGACUAGCUACUGAAGUCGAUUGGGAGAGUGAAGAAGAGUGUUUCGAGUCCUUUUGUCGAGAGACUGCAGCUUUCUAUUCUUAUAUAUCGCACGACCGAGAGAAGACAACUGAGCAGAAAUGGGUCAUUGAACAUGUAAUCUACCCAGCCUUUAGACAGUUCCUGAUUCCAAGCCGGCGAAUGAAAGAAUUCAUCACGGAGUUGACCAACCUACCGACGCUGUACAAAGUUUUUGAAAGAUGUUAGUGAUGAGCAAUGAGAGGCAGUUUGUGAAGAAUAUUUUAAUAAACAAACUUAUAUUCUGAA